AUGAUACCUCGGCCCAAGGACGUUUUCUGCUACGAUGAUCCGGCCAGAGACACGGACCGCUUCCUCAAGCAUGCUAACGAGUACGCCGAACACGGCCUCUCGACGCCAGGCAAGGAGAUCUGGAAGCCUGGUUGCCUCAUCGGCCCAGAUGGGGCUGACGAAGAUGUCAAGAAUCUUUCGAAGAGUUAUGUCCCGUGGGAGAACCGCUCGGAGGUCACCGAAUCCCGCUCUGCAACCUCCAGCUCGCACGGUCUGAUACACCCAAGACCCCGCGGAGUGUGCGUCGGUUGGGGUGGAUACGAUGAAUUCAUCGACUGGCAGCUACAUGGUCGCGCCGUCCGGCGUGAGAUGGUGGAACACAGAGACUAUCAAAUCCCGCCCCCCGAGAACACGCCUAUGGACCUCCCUCCUCUCGAGCUUGUUGACGAGGACGGCAAUGUGGAAGUCGUUACCUCGACCUUGGGUCGAAAGGUCUUGGCAGGCAAACCUGUCCAGACCCUUUACGACAAGAUCCAUCGCUCCAAGGCGCAUUACAAGAAGGGUCCCAAGGCAAGUAGCAAUGCGCAGUCCUAAAUCGACUGGCGAUGGCAAAGUGACCGGGCCAACGCCCACCGACUGCGGCCGUUUCAACACCAUACCGGGCAUUAGCCCCAACCCAAGGUCGGGUUGGUACUUUCAAGCCUCAUUUGGAGUUUGAAAUAGUCGUUCGAUUCGACUACCGAUCAAAUUCUGCUUCGC